AUGUCAGACACGAAGGGACAAACAUCGACAUCACCGGACAAGAAGGUCGAGGAUAAGCCUGCAGCCUCAUCAUCAUCAACAACUCCUGCAAAGCCAGAAAGCACUGAGAAGACCACCACACCAGAUGUGAGGAAGGAGGAAGAGAAGCCAGAGCUCGAAGAAGAUGUGAUUGAUAUGGAGACAUUCCAACAGAUCAUGGAUAUGGACGAAGAGGACGAUGGUGAUGAUGAAGAUGGGGAAAAACAUGCAUUCUCAAAAGGGAUCGUCUGGGGAUACUUUGAACAAGCCGAGGCUACCUUCAAAGAUAUGGAAGCUGCGAUUGUCGCCGAAGAUCUGGCCAAACUCUCCUCUCUCGGACACUUCCUCAAGGGCUCAUCCGCCGCUUUGGGUAUAAUCAAAGUCCAAGCUUCGUGCGAGAAGAUGCAACACUAUGGUAAUCUGAGAGAUGAAGAAGCAGGUGUGAGCUUGGGUGCUCCCGAAGCAUUGAAGAGGAUCAAGGAGUUGUUGACCGCUUGUAAGAAGGAUUAUGAAGUGGCGAAGAACUGGAUGGAAAACCUCUAUGAGGAGGAUAAAUAA